AUGGAGAACUAUCAUGACUUGGAUCGCUACCAAGACAUCUUUGGCCAGCUUCGAUUGUUGAAAAGUUAUACGCAUUUUCUCCUCUGCUUCCCCAUCGCCGACGAGAGCUCUACCCAAUCAGUCCUCCACGCUCUCAAGGCCGCAACAGACGAAGUGACGUCUAGAUUCCCAUGGCUCAUGGGCAAGGUGAUUACUGAGGGUAGCGGGUCCGGCAAUUCGGGAUUGUUCAAAGUAGCCCGCUGCUCGCGAUGGGAGCCCCCAAACUCGAUCUUCCGGGUCAAAGACUGCACCACAGUGUGUCCAUCAUUCCAAGAGAUCGUCGACGCCAGGGGCCCUAUCCGAUUCUUCGAUCCAGUCGUGCUCGCCCCCAGCGUGGCGUUUCCGCAGAGCUACCAGGAAACCGAGUCCGAUCCUGCGUUUGUCCUCGCCCUACAAGCCAAUGUGGUCCGCGGUGGCUUGCUGUUGGAUCUCGCGGGCCAACAUAAUAUCAUGUCGGGGGGUGGCAUGUUGCAAUUUCUGAAGCUGCUGGCCAAGGUACUCUGCGGGGACACCAUCUCACCGUUUGAAAUCGAGCAGGGAAAUAGGGACAGACGGAACAUGGUGAAGCUGCUGGGGCCCCAUGAGCCACUAAUCGACCUCUCCCAAUUUCACCGUCCGUCGCUACUAGACUCCUUGGUGCCUGCUGUGCCCGCACCCAACGGGACCUGGUGUACAUUCGGCUUCACGGCGGCAAAGCUGGCCGAGUUGAAAUCGAACGCCAGCGAUGCGACCCAGUUCGUGAGCCCUGUCACCUUCAUCUCCUCCAACGACGCUCUCACAGCCUUUUUUUGGAAGGCCAUCACCCGUGUUCGCCUCCGUCUUGGUCGCGUCGACGAUCGCCGGGCUACCAGGUCCAAGUUUGUCCGCGCGGUGGAUGUCCGUUCCACGAUGGGGGUGCCGAAUGAGUACAUGGGUCACAUGGUCUACAACACGUUCUCCACUCUGACCUUUGCGGAAGUGGACUCGUUUUCGCUGGCGACGUUGGCAUCCGUGAUGCGGAAGAAUUUGAUCGACGAUGUGAAUGAAUACGCCGUGCGCAGCUUUGUCACCCUUCUCGAUCGUACCCCAGACAAGACGACUAUCAUGUAUGGUGGGGAAAUGAACCGGGACACCGACGUAGCGUUCACGUCAAUUGCCCAGUCAGAUCUAUAUCAUGUUGACUUUGGCGUUCUGGGCAAAUUGGCGCUGUUCCGUCGACCCAACUUUAUCCCCCGCGCGACAACUGCCAUCAUGUUCCCCAAGACCAGGGAGGGGUACCAGGACUUCCAGGUCUGUUUACAGGAGGAGGAUCUGCGGGAGCUCAAGCAGGAUUCGGAAUGGAUGUCAUACGCGGAAAUCAUUGAUAGAGACUAG